AUGAAGAAGAUGCAGAAGGUUCUGAGUUCAGAUUACCCAGAAUGCUUAGAGAGUCAGAGGGAGGAUGAGAAAGUGUUGGAUGGUGAGGAGGAAGAGCAGAGGAGGAGCAGCAGAGACGCAUUUCUGAAGAUCUCACUGCACUUCCUGAGGAGAAUGAAGCAGGAGGAGCUGGCUGACUGUCUGCGGAGCAGGACUCUUGCUGGCAGGUGUCAACGUAAACUCAAGUCUAACAUGCAGAAAAAGUUCCAGUGUGUGUUUGAGGGAAUUGCUAAAGUAGGAAACCCAACCCUUCUGAAUCAGAUCUACACAGAGCUCUACAUCACAGAGGGAGGGACUGCAGAUGUCUAUGAUGAACAUGAGGUCAGACAGAUUGAAACAGCAUCCAGGAAACCACACAGACCAGAAACAACAAUCAGACAAGAAGACAUCUUUAAAUCCUCACCUGGAAGAGAUGAACCAAUCAGAACAGUGAUGACAAAGGGAGUGGCUGGCAUUGGGAAAACAGUUUUAACACAGAAGUUCACUCUGGACUGGGCUGAAGACAAAGCCAACCAGGACAUACAGUUGACAUUUCCAUUCACUUUCAGAGAGCUGAAUGUGCUGAAAGAGAAAAAGUACAGCUUGGUGGAACUUGUUCAUCACUUCUUUACUGAAACCAAAGAAGCAGGGAUCUGCAGGUUUGAAGAGAUCCAGGUUGUGUUCAUCUUUGAUGGUCUGGAUGAGUGUCGACUUCCUCUGGACUUCCACAACAAUGAGAUCCUGACUGAUGUUACAGAGUCCACCUCAGUGGAUGUGCUGCUGACAAACCUCAUCAGGGGGAAACUGCUUCCCUCUGCUCACCUCUGGAUAACCACACGACCAGCAGCAGCCAAUCAGAUCCCUCCUGAGUGUGUCAACAUGAUGACGGAGGUCAGAGGUUUCACUGACCCACAGAAGGAGGAGUACUUCAGGAAGAGAUUCAGAGAUGAGAAGCAGGCCAGUACCAUCAUCUCCCACAUCAAGACAUCACAAAGCCUCCACAUCAUGUGCCACAUGCCAGUCUUCUGCUGGAUCACUGCUACAGUUCUGGAGGAUGUGUUGAAAAUCAGAGAGGGAGGAGAGCUGCCCAAGACCCUGACUGAGAUGUACAUCCACCUCCUGGUGGUUCAGUCCAAACUGAAGAAUGUCAAGUAUGAUGGAGGAGCUGAGACAGAUCUACACUGGAGUCCAGAGAGCAGGAUGAUGAUUGAGUCUCUGGGAAAACUGGCUUUUGAGCAGCUGCAGAAAGGCAACCUGAUCUUCUAUGAAUCAGACCUGACAGAGUGUGGCAUCGAUAUUAGAGCAGCCUCAGUAUACUCAGGAGUGCUCACACAGGUCUUUAAAGAGGAGAGAGGGCUGUACCAGGACAAGGUGUUCUGCUUCGUCCAUCUGAGUGUUCAGGAGUUUCUGGCUGCUCUUCAUGUCCAUCUGACAUUUAUGAACUCUGGAGUCAAUCUACUGGCGGAAAAACAAAAAACAUCCCGGUGGUCUGAAUUGUUCAGAAGCAAAUCAACACGUUUGUACCAGAGUGCUGUGGACAAGGCCUUGCAGAGUCCAAAUGGACACCUGGACUUGUUCCUCCGCUUCCUCCUGGGUCUUUCACUGCAGAACAAUCAGACUCUCCUACCAGGUCUGCUGAAAAAGACAGGAAGUAGCUCACAGACCAAUCAGGAAACAGUCAAGUACAUCAAGAAGAAGAUCAGCGAAAAUCUGUCUGCAGAUAGAUGCAUCAAUCUGUUCCAUUGUCUGAAUGAGCUCAAUGAUCGUUCUCUAGUGGAGGAGAUCCAACAGUCCCUGAGAUCAGGACAUCUCUCCACAGAUAAACUGUCUCCUGCUCAGUGGUCAGCUCUGGUCUUCAUCUUAAUGUCAUCAGAAAAAGAUCUGGACAUGUUUGACCUGAAGAAAUACUCUGCUUCAGAGGAGGCCCUUCUGAGGCUCAUGCCAGUGGUCAAAGCCUCCAACAAAGCUUUACUGAGUGACUGCAACCUGUCAGAGAGAAGCUGUGCAGCUCUGUCCUCAGUUCUCAGCUCCCAGUCCUCUAGUUUGAGAGAGCUUGACUUGAGCAACAACAACCUGCAGAAUUCAGGACUGAAGCUGCUGUCUGCUGGAUUGGAAAAUCCGCACUGUACACUGGAAACUCUUAGGCUGUCAGGAUGUCUGAUAACAGAGGAAGGCUGUGCUUCUCUGGCCUCAGCUCUGAGCUCCAACCCCUCUCAUCUGAGAGAGCUGGACCUGAGCUACAAUCAUCCAGGAGACUCAGGAGAGAAACUGCUGUCUGCUGGACUGGCGGAUCCACACUGGAGACUGGACACUCUCAGACUGAGUGACUGCAACCUCUCAGAGAGAAGCUGUGCAGCUCUGUCCUCAGUUCUCAGCUCCCAGUCCUCUAGUUUGAGAGAGCUUGACUUGAGCAACAACAACCUGCAGAAUUCAGGACUGAAGCUGCUGUCUGCUGGACUGGAGAGUCCAAACUGUACACUGGAAACUCUCAGACUGUCAGGAUGUCUGAUAACAGAGGAAGGCUGUGCUUCUCUGGCCUCAGCUCUGAGCUCCAACCCCUCCCAUCUGAGAGAGCUGGACUUGAGCUACAAUCAUCCAGGAGAAUCAGGAGAGAAGCUGCUGUCUGCUGGACUGGAGGAUCCACACUGGAGACUGGGCACUCUCAGGUUGUCAGGCUGUCUUGUCACAAAGAAAGGCUGUGCUUCUCUGGCCUCAGCUCUGAGAUUCAACCCCUCUCAUCUGAGAGAGCUGGAUCUGAGCUACAAUCAUCCAGGAGGCUCAGGAGUGAAGCUGCUGUCUGCUGGACUGGAGGAUCCACGCUGGAGACUGGUCAGUCUCGGGGUAGACCACUGUGGAGAGCAGAGGCUGAAACCUGGUCUGAAGAAGUAUGUCUGUGAACUCACACUGGACACAAACACAGCACACAGGGAGCUUAAACUGUCUGACAACAACAGGAAGGUGACAGCAGUGACGGAGGAGAACCCAUAUAUUAAUUGUCCAGACAGAUUUGAUGACUGGCUUCAGCUGGGGUGCAGAAAUGGUCUGACUGGUCGCUGUUACUGGGAGGUCGAAUGGGAAGGAGAUGUUCUUAUGUCAGUGACUCACACAGGAAUCAAAACACAAAGAAACUGUGGUGACUGUGGGUUUGUAAGACACGAUCAGUCCUGGAAUCUGAAAUGCUCGAAUGAAGGUUACUAUGUCUGUCACAAUACUACAGAAGCAUCAAUCCCUCUCCCCACCUUCUCCUCCUCUGUCCCUAACAGAGUAGCAGUGUAUGUGGACUAUCCUGAUGGCACUCUGUCCUUCUACGGAGUCUCCUCUGACACACUGAUCCACCUCUACACCUUCAACACCACAUUCACUGAGCGCCUUUAUCCUGGGUUUGGGUUUGGGUCGUCUGGUUCUUCAGUGUUUCUGUGUUCACUGUAAGAGGCGGAGUCUCCUCCUGUGUAUAGAAACACUAACACUGCUCAUAAGCACACAUUGGGCCUCAUGCAACAACAUUUACGUGUUUUUACCCUAAAACUCUGACUUUUCUCUGUGAGGUUUGCUCGUAUGGGUCUUCCAAGUUGGAUUUAACAAACUCUCUUAACUGCCUAAACUUGAAACUAACAGACUGUAUAAAAAAAUGGUAAUU